UUUAGCUGUUGAACAAUGGCUGGAAGUUGGUGUUUGACUCAGAUUUUGGUGGUCUGUGCUUUCUGUCAUGCUGUUCCACAGUGGAGUAAAUCGCUUCAGGAUGCUCAAGCUCUGAUGAUCCAGCAAACUGACCAGCAGUUUCAGCUCCAGAAGCCAGUUCAACUGCUAACUAACCAGCAGUUUCCACCUCAGAAACCAGUUCAACAGCUAACUAACCAGCAGUUUCCGCCUCGGAAACCAGUUCAACAGCUAACUAACCAGCAGUUUCUGCUCCAAAAGCCUGUUCCACAACCACCUACACCGCAGUUUCCGCUUCAGAAGCCAGUUCCACAACAACCUAAGCCGCAGUUUCCGAUUCAGAAGCCAGUUAAACAGCAGUUUCAGAAGCCAGUAGUGAAGGCAGAAUCCCUUAAUAAAUGUGCUGUAGCUGAUUCUGAGCAGAUCCAAUGUGGUCUACCUGGGAUCCGUGGUGCUGAGUGUGAAGCUAUCAACUGCUGCUUUAACGGACAGCAGUGUUUCUAUGGGAGGGCAGUGACUGUCCAGUGUAUUAGAGAUGGUCAGUUUGUGGUAGUGGUGUCUCGAGACGUUACCUUGCCUCGACUGAGUCUGGACUGGCUGCUCUGCAGGAAACCGUCUUCAUCCACUGCAGUACAGAGGUGUGCCAUCCAUCAUCUGGCUCUUGUCAGCAAAGCUGCACCAGGAAACGAAGAGACACUCGUAUCAAGGCUGUCUCUGGGGAGCAGACUGUGGUUUCUAGUGGAGAAGUUACUCUGGUCAUGUAAAUCUAGUGUUUUAAAUAAACCGUGCAGAACCCCAAGUUGCUAA